AUGGGCUCCAAAGCGUUCACAGUCUUCAUCACGCUCUCGCAGUACGUCGGAACUUACAUUGCCACGCCGCUCAACGUCUUCUUGAUCUAUAUGAUAUGGACGAAAUCGCCGAAAAAGAUUGGCAACUACAGAUAUUUGAUGAUUUACGUUUCGCUUUUCGAGUUAUUCUUCGCUUUUCUUGCUUAUAUUACAGGAGCGGUAAGGGUCUGACACUAAGAAUCACCUAGGCCAAAUCCAGUGUUUUUACAGUUGAUCUACUCGUGCACAACUCGUGUUAUUGUGAUUGUCAAGUCAUCCGAAUCCGUAUUCAGCAGAAAUGUUUGGAUAUUAUUGGACUGUUAGAGAUAACCACUGAAGCCUCUUGUCUCCUUUCAAAGUUGUUUCAGGUCUGAUGUGUGCAGUUUACCUCAGCUCUAUGACUGUGUUCUCCAUUCAUUUUCUCUAUCGUUAUUCGUAUUUAUACCCGUAAGCUACUCAGCUUUGACUUUCUUAAUAGUUUUAAUAGUUUGAAGGUCCGGACGGAAACUGUUCGAAGGCUGGAGAAUUGCGUUCUGGAUGCUGCUCCCCAUCGCCGUCUCCGUGGCUUCUUCGACUCUCUACUACAACGUCUUCGCUCCCACAGCCGAGUUUACUGAAUUCAUUCGCAAAGCGCUUUCCGACGAUCUGGAUAUCAAUGUCGAUGAUUUCGUUUAUGUCGGGCCUUACUAUUUCCCAGAAGACAAGAACGGCAUUCAUGAUAUGGACUGGAACGCGUUCUGCGCCAUGACUGCCGUCUGGGUCCUUGUUGUGAGUUUAAAAAGCACUAUUUCUCAACAUCUCUCUUGUCCAGGGCCUGUCCGCAAUCACCUUGUUCGUCUGUGGAUACGGAUGCUAUUCGAAGAUCUCGAGCGGUCUGGAAGUCUCCAGAAACUCGCAACAGACGAAGGCGAUCCAACAACAACUGUUCUACGCGCUGGUCAUGCAAUCCGCAAUUCCCUGUCUCCUCAUGUACAUUCCCACCACAAUCGUCCACUUUUGCACGUUCAUCCGUCAAAACAUCGGCAGCGCCAGCUCGUUCAUCAGUUAUUCGGUGGCACUUUACCCGGCCGUCGACCCGUUUCCCACUCUGAUUAUUGUGAAAAACUACAGAAGAGCCACAAAAGGUGACUUUUUACAGUUACAGUUAUAUAGACACAAAAAGUGCUUACAGAAAUGCUUGCUAGAUGUUUCAACUUUGGCUGGUGCACUCGAAAGAAGGAAGCUCAAGAGAACAUCAUUCGAAUGCAAACGGUCGGAAGUCCAAUUGUGUCUCCCCCUUGUCGUUGA